AUGAGUAGCCCAGCUGCUAACAGCCGCCGCUUCGCCGCCGGCUUUGACCCUUACUCGCCUGCUACCACGGUCGAUUCAGAUCACGCCGACCUCUCCUCGGACUCGGCCGCGCUCAAAGCAAAAGAGGCCGGCUUUCAACCGCCGUCCUCCAACACGCCCAAGGUCAACAAGUAUGCGCACCUCAUCCCCGUCCAUCAACAGCGCAAGCCGCCCAACUUUGAAAUUGUCCUCUGGACGCUGCGCCAGGAAGAAGUCAUCGGCCUUAUCUACACCCUUUUCUCGCUCAUCACGCGUCUCUGGGGUAUCGGCAAUAGCAACGUCGUCGUUUGGGACGAGGCGCAUUUCGGAAAAUUCGGCUCGCACUACCUGCAACAGGAGUUCUACUUUGACGUCCAUCCGCCUCUCGGCAAGAUGCUUGUCGGCCUCGCCGGUCUCAUCAGUGGCUACCGAGGUCAGUUCGAAUUCAAGUCCGGGGAAACCUACCCGGCCGAUGUCAACUACAUCGGUAUGAGGGUCAUCCUUGCCAUGUUUGGCGUGGCAAUGGUCCCUCUCGCCUGGUUCACCAGCGGCGGUCUCAACUGGAACUGGCGCGCUCGUCACCUGCUCACGUUGAUGGUUCUCCUCGACAAUGGCUGGCUCGUCAUCUCGCGCUUCAUCCUGCUCGACUCGAUGCUCCUGUGUUUCACCUUUACCACCGUCCAUGGCCUGGUCAAGUUUUUGCAGUACAAGUCGGCUCCCUUCACAAAGGCUUGGUGGUUCUGGCUCGCUUUCACUGGCGCUUCGAUCGGCUGUGUCUCGUCAGUGAAAUGGGUUGGUCUCUUUGUUACCGCGCUCGUCGGUGUGUUUACGGUCGAAGAUCUCUGGGAAAAGUUUGGCGAUCUUCGUAUGCCUGUUCGCGCGUAUGUGCGUCACUGGUGCGCGCGCAUCCUCUGCCUGAUCUUCUUGCCUCUGACCAUCUACAUGCUCAGCUUCAAGGCGCACUUUUUGAUCCUCAGCCGGUCUGGUCCAGGCGAUGCUCAGAUGAGCAGUCUCUUCCAGAGCCAUCUUCGCGGCAACGACUUUGCUCUCUCACCGCCCGAAGCUGCGUUUGGGUCCAAGAUCACGCUCAAAAACAUGGGCUACGGAGGCGGCUUGCUCCACUCGCACGUCCAGACGUACCCUGUCGGAUCGCAGCAGCAGCAAGUCACCUGCUAUCACUACCGCGACAACAACAACGAAUUCAUCAUCACGCCGCCUUGGAACGAGCGCGCGUUGCCGGCCAACUACUCUUCCUCCACCGAGCCCGUACGGAUGCUCAAGAACAACGACGUGAUCCGUCUGGUUCACGACCAGACGAAGCGUAACAUUCAUUCGCAUCACGUCGCCGCUCCAGUCACAAAGGAGAACCUCGAGGUGUCGGGCUACGGAGAUGACCAGACCGGCGACGAUAACGACCAUUGGGUGGUCGAGGUGGUGGACGACAUGGUGCAUGGCAAGGUGGCUCGCGAUGCGCCUGUGCGCUCAUUGACGAGCCGACUGAGGCUGCGACACAAGAACUUGGGCUGCUACAUGCGUGCUGCCAAUGCUGUACUGCCACAGUGGGGUUGGAAGCAGGUCGAAGUGUCGUGCGACAAGGAGAACAAUCCCAAGGACCAACACACCUGGUGGAACAUAGAGAAUCACUGGAACGAGCGUCUUGCGCCCGGUGAUUCGCAGCUUUACAAAUCGCCGUUCCUGCGCGACUUUAUUCACCUGAAUGUGGCCAUGAUGACGUCGAACAACGCGCUGAUUCCGGACGCGGACAAGGAAGACAUUCUGGCCAGCAAGCCGUUCGACUGGCCGUGGCUGUGGAAUGGACUGAGGAUGAAUUCCUGGGACGACAACUCGAUCAAGUUCUACCUGCUCGGCAACCCGGUGAUCUGGUGGGCGUCGUCGUCGUCGCUGCUCGCGUUCGGCGCGACAUGGUUGUGGUACAUGAUGCGACGUCAAAGGCGCAUCCACGACCUCUCGCCUGCGGACUGGGCGCACUUUUUGUACGUCGCCAAACUCGCUGCGUUUGGCUGGCUGCUUCACUAUCUGCCGUUUUUGGUCAUGGCGCGCGUCUGCUACUUGCACCACUACCUGCCCAUCCUCUACUUUGCCGUGCUCAUGUUGGUGCAUCUCAUCGACCAUUUCGUCUGGCGUCCCAGCACCGCCGUCUAUGCGUUUGGCGCAAGCCGCAGAAAACAGCCGCUGUCCGAAGCGCUCAAAAACGCCGUCUUUGUCGUCAGCGUCGUCGCGAUCACCGCCGCAUUCUGGUGGUUCAGAGGUAACAGCUAUGGUUUCAAGGGUGAUAUUAAAUCGCACAAGGGCCUCAAGUGGCGUAAGAGCUGGAACAUCUACUGA